AUGCCUUCACCGUUGACUCAAAGACAGCUGCGACGUAGAUCAUUAUAUACUUCGCUAUAUUACGCUACCAGGGCGAUCGAUGAAAUAGCUUCGGAUAUGCAGACUGACCGUUGCCGGUGGUCCAGGAGUCUGCUGGGGCAUAGCUUCAGCAUGCCUCCGUUGUCUUCGUCAGAACGGAAUGACUGUGGCACGGUUAAUUUCUUUAAGGCGUGGCUAAUUGAACACGAGGAGGCGCAGGUGAUGUUGGCCAGUUUCCUGGUGGUGAUUGGUCUGUGGUGGCUGCUCCGUGCUGUCCUGACGUUGUUGGUUAAUUUGAUUAUACCAGUGCUCGUCGUGGUUUUGGCUGUUGUCUGCGUACCUCAGCUCCGUGCGCCGCUAUUGGGACAAAACUAUCCGGCUCUGGCGAAUCUAUUGCGAAGUAUAUUGAUGAAAAUGGCGGAAAAUAUCAAAACGUGA